AUGUCUGUGCGAAACCUCACCAAUAAUCGUCAUUCCAACAGCGAAAAUAGUGUUUCCGGAAGCGAAAACUCCUUUUAUUCCUCGAAUGAGCAAUCAAGACAAAGCUCAUCAUUAGAACCUGCAGAUGGUCAGAACGUUAGGGUGAGCGGUAAUCCUUUCCUUGGAAGUGAAGAAUUUGACGAAGAUUAUAAUUCACCCAGUGGAGACGAUGAGCGGCGUGGGGCAAAUGAAUAUUCCAGUUCUUCAUCCAUAAAUUAUAAUAACGAUCCUAACAGCGAUACUUCUCUUCUGGCUAAUGAAAAGAACUCACCCGAGAGAAAUGGUCAAAGAAUGUCAGACUAUAAGGGCUAUUAUGCUAAGACUAACCUAACUUCUGCUAAUAACUUAAACAAUCAUAAUAACAAUAAUUAUAAGAACAUUAUAAGCAGUAGUAACGAUAAUAGUUUUGCAUCACAUUUACAGCCGCCGGACAGAAACUUACCGUCUCAUCCUUCUUCAAAUAAUAUGAGUAGCUUUUCUAACAACAGCUUAAUUAAGUCUCCACCACCUUUUGACAGAUAUCCGCUAGUAGGAACGAGGCAUAUUUCAGCGGCUCAAUCUCAGUCGCAGAACCUUAUAAAUGAAAAGAAAAGAGCGAAUAUGACUGGCUCAUCUUCUUCUGCUCACGACUCUUCAUUAUCAUCCACCAACUUAUACAUGGGCGAACAGGAUUUUUCGCCCUUUGGCGGUUAUCCAGCUUCCUUCUUUCCGUUAACGUUGGACGAAAAGGAAGACGAUGACUACAUUCAUAAUCCAAAUGUCGAGGAAGAAGCAAAGUUAGAUAGAAGGAGGUUCGUUGACGACUUCAAACACAUGGAUAGAAGAUCUUUCUUGGGGCUUCUGGGUAUUCUAUUUUUAUUUAUGGCUGGUAUAUUUAUUUUCAUUGUAUUACCUGCAAUUACAUUUUCCGGGGUAGUUUAUCAUCAUGAACAUGUUCAUGCGGCAAAUUCAGCAGGAUCGUCGUCUUCUAAUACUACAUCCAAGUCAUUGACUGAAUAUCAAUAUCCUCAACUUGCGGCUAUAAGGACAACUUUAGUUGAUCCAGACACACCUGACAGUGCGAAGACAAGAGUAGCGAAAGAUGGAUCUAAAUGGCAGCUGGUGUUUUCCGAUGAAUUUAAUGCUGAAGGUAGGACCUUUUACGAUGGCGAUGACCAGUUUUGGACAGCUCCUGACAUCCACUACGACGCUACGAAAGAUCUUGAAUGGUACUCACCAGAUGCCGUUACAACUACAAAUGGUACCUUGACGUUGAGAAUGGAUGCAUUCAGAAACCAUGACCUUUAUUACAGAUCUGGUAUGGUACAGAGCUGGAACAAACUCUGCUUUACAGAAGGUGCGUUAGAAGUUUCCGCGAACCUCCCUAAUUAUGGUCGAGUUACAGGAUUAUGGCCUGGUAUGUGGACCAUGGGGAACUUGGGCAGACCAGGUUAUUUGGCGAGUACUCAAGGUGUUUGGCCUUAUUCAUAUGAAGCAUGUGACGCUGGUAUAACACCAAACCAAAGUUCCCCAGAUGGUAUUUCUUACUUGCCGGGACAAAAGUUGAGUGUUUGUACUUGUGAUAAUGAGGAUCAUCCAAAUCAGGGAGUUGGAAGAGGCGCACCGGAAAUAGAUAUUUUAGAAGGUGAAGCUGAUACAAUUUUGGGUGUUGGUGUUGCGUCACAAUCUCUACAAAUUGCUCCAUUUGAUAUAUGGUACAUGCCCGAUUAUGACUUCAUCGAAGUUUAUAAUUUCACCACAACAACUAUGAAUACUUACGCUGGUGGGCCUUUUCAACAAGCUGUCUCAGCAAUAUCCACUUUAAAUGUAACAUGGUAUGAAUUUGGGGAGGAAGCAGGUUAUUUUCAAAAGUAUGCCAUUGAAUAUCUCAAUGAUGACGACAACGGAUAUAUUCGUUGGUUUGUGGGAGAGAACCCUACUUUCACACUAUAUGCUACUUCUUUACAUCCUAGUGGUAAUAUUGACUGGAGGAGAAUAAGUAAGGAGCCAAUGUCAGCGAUUUUAAACUUAGGUAUUUCCAACAACUGGGCCUAUAUCGACUGGCAAUAUAUAUUUUUCCCGGUGACAAUGUCAAUAGAUUACGUCCGAUUAUACCAGCCGAAGGGUUCUACGUCCAUUACUUGUGAUCCUGAGGACUACCCGACAUAUGAUUAUAUCCAAAGCCAUCUAAAUGCAUAUUAUAACGCCAAUUUAACUGAUUGGGAACAGGCUGGAUAUACUUUCCCAAAAAAUAUUCUAACAGGAGGUUGUAGUAGUUCAAAAUUCUCAUUAUCCUGA